AUGCAUGAAAACCCGCAACCAUCACGCGUUGGCGUCAAUGAGUCAACUCCUCUUCUCAACCAUGAACAAUCCCAUGCAAACUACUCCAGUGAUCAUAGCAACAACGCCCUAGAGACGGGUGAUUCAUCCACACCAUACACGUCCGAUGAUGAGGAGCCUGUGAUCACCCUCUCGAGAGUCACUUCCAUAAACCAGGGGCUGGAAAUCGAACCAAAUCUCGAAAGGAUCUCUUCGGCAGGGGCAGCCACCAAGAGAGCGGCGGUAGAUCCCGAAGGCAAGUCUCCGAGUGAAUCCACCGGUUAUGCCUCGCGGUUUAUCAAUGUCUCCCCGACGAGAUUUUGGCUAAUCUUCGGCGGGGUCCAAAUGGGAUACAUUAUUGGUUUCUUUGACUCAACUUUAAUGGCGUCCAGUCACCCCGUCAUCACAUCCCAUUUCCAUGCCUCAAAUUCUGCAUCGUGGCUGUCAACAGCCUUCCUUCUGACCUCAACCGCUUUCCUUCCUUUAUUCGGUCGCGUAUCCGACACCUUUGGCAGAAAGCCGGUUUAUCUUUUUGCUAUUGCCGUCUUCUUCCUUACUACUGCCUGGUGUGGUAUGGCCCAGAGCAUCGGGAGUUUUAUAGCGGCUCGGGCCUUCUGCGGACUGGGAGCCGGGGGUGUCUUCUCCAUGGGUAUGAUUCUGUCGAGCGAUUUGGUUCGCAUCGAAUAUCGCGGGGUGUACCAGUCCUACAUCAAUCUGUGUUUGGGUGUGGGAGGCUGCCUGGGAUUGGCGUUUGGCGGGUUUCUCUGUGAUUCCGUAGGAUGGAGAGGUGCGUUCUUCGUGCAGCUGCCCUUCAUUUUCAUCUAUUUCCUCGUGGCAGCCUGGACCACCCCCGCCGAUUUGGGCCUGAAGAGGGCAAAGACGGAACGGAUGACUUUCCUGCAGCUACUCAAAAAUAUUGACCUGGUGGGCUCGUUCAUCUUGGUUGUCGGCGUGACCGCGUUGAUUAUGGGUCUGAAUUUGGGCGGUAAUGUGCUCAGCUGGUCUCAUCCCCUGGUCAUUUCGUCUUUGGUUUCAUCUCUCAUCUUAGCUGUGAUCUUCGUACGAUACGAGCGGCACGUGGAGCGGGCUGUGAUGCCGAUAUCGCUCCUGUCGAAGCAGCCCUGCGCCAACCUCAUUUUUGGCAACUUCUUUGGAUCCAUUGCCGUCAACACCAUGAUUUUCAAUGCUCCGUUGUAUUUCCAGGCAGUCAAACUCGCUAGUCCAACUGACUCGGGCCUCAGGCUGGUAGCGUCCACCCUCGCCGUGACGGUUUCAAGCGUCUCGACUGGUUUCAUCAUCACAUGGACCAAACGACUGAAGCCAACCGUGAUCAUUGGUGAUGUUUGUCUCAUGCUAGGAGGCCUCGCAGCAUCCACCCUUGGUAUGGGCACCCCCGAUAUAGUUGCCAUGUUGUGUGUUUCGCUCGCAAGCUUUGGACAGGGGUUCUGUUUUCCUUCGUUGAUGGUCUCCGUUCUCGCCACCAGUGACCCGGAUGAACAGGCUGUGGCUACCACGACCUUGGGUCUGUGGAGAAACCUGGGCUCGGUGAUGGGUGUGGCGACAAGCAGUUGGAUAUUCCAGAACACCCUUGUAUACCAGCUUGAAGAAAUGGUUACAGGGCCCGAAAAGGAAAGUAUCAUCCUUCUCGUCCGCAAAUCAGUCCAGGCUAUCGUGAAACUGGACCCAGUCCACCAAGCACAGGUUGUGAGCGCGUAUGCGGCAGCGCUCCGUUUGACCUUCUUCUCCGCAGCUGUGUUCGGUGCGCUUAUGCUUCUGAUGCACUUCCGCGUUCAGCUGCCCCGACUGGGCAGUAAGGCUUGA